AUGUUUGAAGAGGGUCAAAAAGAUGACAUUACCCCAAUACUGAGCUUCCUACGAUCAAUGAAAGAAGAAGCUGACGAACAGCGUAAGAAGGAGAAGGAAGAAGCUGAGAAAGAGCGUAGGAAGGAGAAGGAAGAAGAUGAUGAACAGCGAAAGAAGGAGAAGGAAGAAUCUGAGAAACAGCGUAGGAACGAGAAGGAAGAAGAUGAUGAGCAGCGAAAGAAGGAGAAGGAAGAAGCUGAGAAACUGCGUAAGAAGGAGAAGGAAGAAGCUGACGAACAACGUAAGAUGGAGAAGGAAGAAGACGCGAAACAACGUAAGAAGGAGAAGGAAGAGGCUGAGAAAGAGCGUAGGAAGGAGAAGGAAGAAGAUGAUGAACAGCGAAAGAAGGAGAAGGAAGAAGCUGAGAAACAGCGUAAGAAGGAGAAGGAAGAAGCUGACGAACAACGUAAGAUGGAGAAGGAAGAAGACGCGAAACAACGUAAGAAGGAGAAGGAAGAAGCUGACGAACAGCGUAAGAAGGACACUCAGGCAAUAAUUUCACAUACAGGAGAAAUUCGAGGGGAGUUACUAACAAUAAAGAAAGAAUGUGGAGAAGUAAAACAAAUGUCAAUGGCUGCACAAAAAGUUGAAGGUCUGGCCAAAACGGCAGCAAUAGGGGCAAUGAUGGCCGCGGAAGCAACUUCUAAACUCGCAGGACGCUUGCGACGUACAACAAAAUCCAACUCAAAAUCCCUAGCGUUCUUAAAAACGCAAGCCAUGGCUAACCCAGUAUCUGGAGUUUCAGUGAGGCGUAGUGAGAACUCGGAGGCCAUGUCGUACGCCGCGCACAUUACUGUCGUCAAUAGCGGCGAGCAGCGAGACAUCUCAGCAUAA